CAGCUAGUUCUGUGCCGGAUCUGGAAGAGGGGCGGGCGCCAUUGUCUUUCGCCGCCAACUGCUUUUCCUCCGCGUCCUACUGUUUCGAGAAGGAAGGCAGCGGUGUGGUCGUUGUUAGCGAGACGCGUCCUGUUCAGUGCCAGCUCCAGAGCGGAGGAAAUCUUAAGAAUGGAGUCUAAACCUUCAAGGAUUCCAAGAAGAAUUUCUGUUCAAUCCCCCAGCUCUUUAAGUGCUAGGAUGAUGUCUGAAAGCAGAGAAAGUAGUUUAAAUGAUACCUAUCACUCAAGAGAUUCUUCAUUUAGACUGGACCCUGAAUAUCAGUCUACAUCUGCAUCAUCAUCUGCAUCUCCAUUUCAAUCUACAUGGUAUAGUGAAUCUGAGAUAACUCAGGGAGCACGCUCAAGAUCACAAAACCAGCAACGGGAUCAUGAUUCAAAAAGACCUAAACUUUCCUGUACAAACUGUGUAUCUACCUCAGCUGGGAGAAAUGUGGGACAUGGUUUAAAUGCAGUAUCAGAUUCUUCUUGGAGGCAUAGUCAAGUUCCCAGAUCUUCAUCAGUGGUACUUGGAUCAUUUGGAAGUGACUUAAUGAGAGAGAGGAGAGAUUUAGAGAGGAGAGCAGAUUCCUCCAUUAGUAAUCUUAUGGAUUACAGUCACCGAAGUGGUGAUUUCACAAGUUCAUCAUAUGUUCAAGACAGAGUUCCUUCUUCAUAUUCACAGGGAGCAAGACCAAAAGAGAACUCAGUGAGCACUUUACAAUUGAAUACAUCAUCCACAAACCACCAAAUGUCUCCUCAACAUCAGACCAUACCAUGUUCUAGUAGAAAUUCUUUAAGAUCAAAUUUUUCUCCAAGAGAAUUGGAAUCUCCCCAAAACAAUACACAGCCUGGAUUUUCUUAUAUUUCAAAUAGAGACGAAACCUCAACCAUAAGCAAUUCAGGUAGGGUUGGUUCAUCUCAAAGAUCAUUUCAAGAAUCUUCUGACAAUGAAGGGAGACGUACGACCAGGAGAUUGCUGUCACGUAUAGCUUCUAGUAUGUCAUCUACUUUUUUUUCACGAAGGUCUAGUCAGGAAUCCUUAAAUACAAGAUCAUUGAGUUCUGAAAAUUCUUAUAUUUCUCCAAGAAUCUCGACAGCCUCACAGUCUCGUAGCAAUGCAACAACGACUUCUGACGUUCCUGAUAAUAGGGCAUCUGAACCUUCUCAGGGAUUUCGAUUUCUUAGGCGAAGAUGGGGUUUGUCAUCUCUUAGCCAAAAUCAUAGCUCUGAGCCAGAUUCAGAAAAUUUUAACCAAGAAUCUGAAGGUAGAAAUACAGGACCAUGGUUAUCUUCCUCACUUAGAAAUAGAUGCACACCUUUGUUCUCUAGAAGGAGGCGAGAGGGACGAGAUGAAUCUUCAAGGAUACCUACCUCUGAUAUACCAUCUAGAUCUCAUCACUUAUUUAGAAGAGAAUCAAGUGAAGUGGUUCACCUUGAAGCACAGAGUGAUCCCCUUGGGGCCGCUGCCAGCAGAUCACAAGCAGCUGCAGCAUCGAGCAGUGCUGCUGCAGGGGGCUCCACAUCAGAUUCGGCUCCCAGUGGAAGAAACCCAGGAGUAACAGGAGUCCUUCCUGGUUCCUUAUUUCGAUUUGCAGUCCCCCCAGCACUUGGAAAUAAUUUGACCGACAAUGUCAUGAUCACUGUAGAUAUUAUUCCUUCAGGUUGGAGUUCAUCUGAUGGGAAAAGUGAUAAAACUAAAAGUGCACCUUCAAGAGACCCAGAAAAACUGCAGAAAAUAAAAGAGAGCCUCCUUUUAGAGGACUCUGAAGAAGAAGAAGGUGACUUAUGUAGAAUUUGUCAGAUGGCAGCUGCGUCAUCAUCUAAUUUGCUAAUAGAGCCAUGCAAAUGCACAGGAAGUUUGCAGUAUGUCCACCAAGAGUGUAUGAAAAAGUGGUUACAGGCGAAAAUUAACUCUGGUUCUUCAUUAGAGGCUGUAACCACCUGUGAACUCUGUAAAGAGAAGUUGCAGCUUAACCUGGAGGAUUUUGAUAUUCAUGAACUACACAGAGCCCAUGCAAAUGAACAAGCUGAGUACGAAUUCAUCAGCUCCGGUCUCUACCUUGUUGUGUUACUGCACUUUUGGGAACAAAGCUUUUCAGAUAUGAUGGGAAAUACAAAUGAACCAAGCACACGAGUCCGAUUUAUUAACCUUGCAAGAACUCUUCAGGCACAUAUGGAAGAUCUCGAAACUUCAGAGGAUGAUUCUGAAGAAGAUGGAGACCAUAACAGAACAUUUGAUAUUGCCUAACUUCAUAUAAGACAAAUGGAUGAUCUGUUAACAAGUGUUUAUUAAAACUGGCAAUUAAGGAUGAAUCAUUUUUGUGGGGGAAUGCCUAUUGAAUACAUAUAUAAAAUGAAUAUAUAUACACAUGUAAUCAUGUAUGUGUGUAUAUAUUCAUUCUCAAGUAUUGCAGAAUUAAAAUUCUACUUGCUGGACCUUUUAACAUGGCCAGUGACUGAUGUUUAUAAACUGGUAAUCAAAAGUAUUUUUCUUUUAGGUGAGUAGGAAAGUAUUACAUUAUUUUAAAUAUCUAAGCAAUGCCUAUAACUCUUUCUUGUGUUCUGAUUAUUAUAGUCGUAUUUAUGAAAAUGGUUCCUGUUUAGUCUUUUACGUAGUGAAAAAAAGUGAGACAGAAGUAUGCUUUCAAAAUAAAAUGCCAGAUGGCACCUAAUUACUUUUCCUUUUAAAAUGCCUUAAGUUCCAGCCUCAUUUUCAUAAUCAUUUGCUUCCGGUGUUUAAAAAUAUAAAGAAUGGGGAGUAAGUUGUGAAGAGCAUUAUAUUAGGUGUCCAAAUUUAAUUUAAAUUCUAAAUUCACUUAGCCAUAAAAUUUAAUUUUAAAAAAAUAUAUAAAUAUAAAAAUGUAUAAAUGAUGGAUAAAGUUUUAUAUUGAUCUGGAAAAUUCAGAUUAUAUUUGAUAGGCCAUAGUAUGUGGACAUUCUUUUCGGAAUAUUACAACUAUAAAUUAUACCAGAAUUGCCAGUCAGAUGCUAUUUGGUAAAAAAAGAAAAAAGAAAAAAAAUAUUGCAAUCUCAAGUUAAUGGAAUAUUUUUUAAAUCCCACAUUCAGAGUUUAAAACACUGGUUUUCAAUGUGUUUUUUAGUGUUGUCACUUUUUUGUAGAUAAAUAUGAUACAAAUAACCUGUUUGGAUCCUGGUCGUUUUUAACUGUUCCUUGCUAACCGGAGCAUUUAUUAGGUGAAUUACUAUUUUCACUACCUUUGGAGAACAGAUGAACUUUACCCACUCAACAUCAGAUCUACACUGUGGUCAUGAGUUGUAAAUAGUUCCAGAACAGUAUAUUUUCUCUGUCAGUACCCUUAGGAUACACUUAAAAACACCUUCAGGUGAUUUUAAGUUAAAUAAAGUCUUAUGUCAUGGCAACAGACUUCUUUUUCAGAACCUAAAUAGAAACCAUGUAAUUUCUCAAAUGGAAAUCAACAGUUUGCCCAGUUAGUUUGUUGGUCUUAAUGUAAAAUCUUGGCUCGAAAUAAAGUGCAUACUGAUUGAUUUACUUUAUAGUUUGAAAUGUUUCCUUUUAAACUAGUGCUCAAAGUAAACUUCAAACCUUAUAGGCAAGAAUUUUAUUAAAAUUUCAAAUUCCACUUCGUACAAAAAUAAAAAUAUUUCUGAAACAUUUGCUCAGCUUUUACUGUUACCUUUGCAUUCAUUGCCUUAUUUAAGGCAAAAAUACAAAAUUUAAGGAUGUCAGUUUCAUCAUGUAUUCUGUUCUUAGGGAUGCUUUAAAUUUGAAACAUUUAUACUUUUAAUAGAACUCAGUAUGAAAAUUGUCCUCUGAUUCAACCCACAAAAUUUUUUAUUUUUAAAAAAGUAAAUGGUAGGGAACAUUCCAUUGGUUCACAUACAAUUUUUAGAGAUUUUUAAUAUUAAAUGCUAAGAGACAGUGACUUGAGCUUAGUAUUCUUGUAGUUUCUUAGCAACUACAUCUUUAAUAUUAGCUUCUGAAUCCUGUAAAUGUGAAUUACAGGAACUGGAGGGAAUAAGGAAAGUCUUUCCUUUGGUUGCUACCAUUUUUAAAAUCUGAACAAAAAUAGAGACCAUACAUUACCCACUGUAAAGGUCACAAAUUCCUAGGAAAAAUAAUUUUCUUCAGAUCUAUGCCAAACAUAAUUUAUACUGUCAUUAGCUAGAACCAAGAUGUUAACACAAUUUAUACGUUCUUAAUAUAAACGAACAUGCAUAUAUGUUAUUUAUUAUCUGUUGACCAACUACAUACAAGGCCCUGUUUACAAAUGUUCUGAUAUUGGGUUGGCCAAAAAGUCAGUUUAGUUUUCUUCAUAAAAUAAAAAACACAUUUUUCGUUUUCACCAGUUAACUUUGUUGAUUUGGAUAUUCUGAGUAUGUCAGCUCUCCUCCCAAGUGGUAUAAUGUUGCAUAUUCUCAGUUACUGUCUUGAUUUGAUCUCUCUACUUCAACUGGUCUACCUGAUGGUGGAGCAUCGUCCAGUGAGAAAUCUCCAGCACAAACUUCGUAAACCACUUUUCACACGUUCCAUCAGAGCACCUUCUCCAUACACUGCACAAAUCUUUUUUGCGUUUCACUUGUUUUUACUUUUCUUGAAAUAAUAAAGCAUAAUAUGCCAAAAA